GAAAACCGCAUAAACAAGCUAAUUGCUCUGUAAACGUUCGUAAAUUCCCCAAACUUUAAAAUUAAAAUGAGCUGAAUGUCGAAACACUGCAUUCUAUAGAUACAAAUUUAAAGGAGAUAUUUUGUAUAAUUCGUUUUACGGUAACAUGGCCGAUGUUGUUGCUAUGGUGAUGGGACUUAACAUCGAGGCUAAAGGAAGACAAUCAACCGUCUGUUAAACAACCGGCAACAAACAUUUGAUUUCUUUAUAAAUCGAUUCAGACAUGGAGGAACGCUUUGCCUUUCUGGCUGAGUGGUACGACCCCAGUGCUGCUCUCCUGCGACGAUACCAGCUGCUCUACUACUCUAAAGAUGGCUCAGUGGAGAUGUUUGAUAUGAAGAACCAGCGCACCUUUCUAAGGCGGACCAAGUAUGAUGACCUCCAUCCAGAGGAUCUGUUUGUUGGCAACCGAGUAAACAUCUUCUCUCGUCAGCUGAACCUCAUAGGUUAUGGGGACCAAUACACAGCCAACAAACUGGGCAGUAAGAAGGAGAGGACUUUGGCUAUGGUUAAGCCGGAUGCAGUAACCAAAGUUGGCGACAUUAUUCAGAUGAUUUAUGAUGCCAACCUUAUUGUCACCAAAGUCAAAAUGACCAAACUUACAUGGAAGCAGGCAGCAGACUUUUACACGGAACAUCAGUCAAAGUCUUUUUUCAAUAAUCUGGUGCAGUUUGUGAGCUCUGGUCCAGUGAUUGCUAUGGAGCUGAUGGGAGAUGAAGCGGUAUCAGUCUGGAGAAAAGUUCUUGGGCCCACUGAUUCUGGUGUUGCUCGAAAAGAUGCAGCUCACAGUCUCAGAGCCCAGUUUGGUACAGACGGCACUAAGAAUGCAGGACAUGGAUCAGACUCAUUGGCAUCUGCUGCACGGGAGCUGGAGUUUUUCUUCCCCUCCACUGCAGGUCACGGCCCCUCCAACACAGCCAAAUUCUCAGACUGCACCUGCUGUAUCAUCAAACCACAUGCCAUCUCAGAAGCAUUGACAGGAAAGAUCCUUAAGUCAAUAACAGAAAAUGGAUUUGAGAUCUCUGCCCUACAAAUGUUUAACAUGGAUCGAGCCAAUGCUGAAGAGUUUUUAGAAGUUUAUAAAGGAGUUGUAGCAGAAUAUACUAAUAUGGUGGAUGAACUUUGUUCUGGACCUUGCAUGGCCCUGGAGAUCAACGCUACCGACGCACCCAGAACCUUCCGUGAGUUCUGUGGACCUGCCGACCCUGAAAUUGCACGCCAUCUUCGGCCCACCACUUUACGAGCUCUCUAUGGCAAAAACAAAGUGCAGAACGGAGUUCACUGCACAGACCUACCAGAGGAUGGGAUUCUGGAGGUGAGCUGCUCAUGCAAAUCUCAUUCAAACUUAGCUUUAUGCAAGAGCUACACGCGCACGUUUUGGCUUUGGUCAGAGAGUUUGUUGUUUUCUAACUUGCUUUGAUGAUGCGUCAAGAAUAUUAAUGCAUCCCACAAAUGCUUGUGAAGCCCAGAACAAAAUGGCAUCCCAGUCUCAUGACUGUCCACCGUAGGCUGGUCCAGAACUACAGUCCAGUGUCUCUCAGGAGAGGAAGCAGGCAGAUACAUUAGGUUUGGUAAAAGGAAAAAAAAUUCAUUGUUAUGCCAGAGAGUGGGUUUGGCCCGGUGGACGUCAUUGUUUUGCACAACUCCUGAUCUGUCCUGCCUCCUAGCACAAAUGGCCCCUUGUUAAUCAUUUGCCUGCUGACCGACUCAGCCAUGACAUUCCAAAAGCUCAGGCCUUACAGGGGCCCCACACAAACUCUCUGUGCCGAGCAGACGAGCGCUGCUGUAACAGGCACAAUGCAGGGAAAGUCAAUUGUUUUCAAAUAAAACAAGCUUGGUGACCUGAUGAUGAGGCCGGACAAUGUGCUAAAUUAAUUGUUACAAAUCCAUAAUUCACAAUUGUAUAUACACUCACUGAGUACUUUAUUAGGAACACCUGUACAUCUACUUAUUCAUGUGAUUAUCUAAUCAGCCAAUCAUGUGGCAGUGCAAUUAAUAAAAUCAUGCAGAUAUGGGUCAGGAGCUUCAGUUAAUGUUCACAUCAACCAUCAGAAUGGGGAUGUGGAACACCAUAGUGUUCUUUAUUAGGAACAUCGUAGUGUUCCUAAUAAAGUGCUCAGUGAGUGUACUUUUUCUUGUAGUUGAUCUGUCAGACCUAUCAGUGAAUGUGUUUACAUGCACGAUCUUACACCGAUUAUGCGCAAUAAGACAACGUGUAACGUGCAAUGGUAUAAAUCGUUUCUUUUAUCGGGGUAAGCAAAACCGAUGGUUUUACCAGCCUGAUCUCACAUAAAAAUUGGCAAGUGUGUGCCAAUUUAUUUAUUUUUUUUGCCGAAAUCGGUAUACGUUGACAGAAUUUGAAAACACUGCCUCCAGAGGCUAAAGCGUUAAGUGUUUCAGAGCAUAUAAACAAGUGUGACAUAAAUUUAUAUCCAGGAGAGGGCACCAGAAGCCAGUUGUAAAAAUAAUUGUUUUCAGCUGAACAGGGUGUAAAACAGUGAAGAGAAAUGCUUAUUUUAUUUAAUCUACCCCCCCAACCAAAACCCAAAUCUAACCUCAACCAUUAGCAGAGACAAAAUGCAAUGUUAGGGACAAAAAUGCAGCCUCCUUAUCACGCUCAUGAUUGUUUAUACAAAUGUGAUUACUUCCUCGUUUGAUUGGGGAUUGAACAAUGGUCUCCCAUGCAACUGACGUGACACGCUACCAGUCUAGCCAUGAGGGAAAGUAAUUUUUUUGCGCCGCACCAUUCCAAAUAUGUCUGAUGGAAGGUAGGGCAUGUCAGUGAAUUAGCAUAAUGUUGCCGAUCCUAAGGUAACAGAACUUUCGGAAACAGCAUGCCGACUUCCCGUGUGAUCAUGUUGGGUUUUACCCUUUACGCUAAUUACAAUUUGCAUGGAAACAUCUUUGCCUGCAUUCUUAUCAUUUAUUCAAUGUGUGCAUGUGACGUUUUGACAUCAAUAGCAGAGAAUAAUCUCAUGAUUUCAAAUCGCAUGUAAAGUCUUCUUACGUUGAUGAUUUUUUACAAUUUUUAUAUAAGCUGAUUUGUGAGUUAGAGUAUUGCUCAGUGUUAUUAUGGAAGAUCAGAUUAAAUUGUGAUCACUUCUGUUUUGCAGGUCCAGUAUUUCUUUAAGAUUUUAGAUGGAUGAAGCAAAUGUGAGCGACAUUACAACAGUAUUUAAAUAAAGACCACUUUAAAGAUA